GUCCCCGGACGCCCCUCACGCUGCCUGGCAGCUCCCGCCUGCCCGCGGCUCACUAUUCCAGAUGUGCGCCCUCCCUCCCCUGCCUGCACGAGCGCCGGUCCUGGAAGGCCUCGGUUCCAGCCCGCAGCCCCAAGAAGCGCUGAGUUCCGAGCGGACUCUUCGCCUCCAAAAGUUCCGGGCCGAUGUCCCAGGUGAGCGACCGGCGCCUCUCUCUCUGCGACGCGCCCCAUGGAGCCCCCAGCGCAGCCCCUGACCCAGCCCAGACGCUGUCCCUCCUGGCCGGGCUGGAGGUAGUAACAGGAUCUGCUCACCCAGUGGAGGCAGCGCCAGAGGAGGGGUCCCUGGAGGAGGCAGCGCCCCCUAUGCCCCAAGACAAUGGCCCUGGGGACCCUCCAGCUCUGGACAGCACUGACCUCGAUGUCCCCACAGAAGCUGUGACAUGCCAGCCUCAGGGGAACCCCUUGGGCUGCACCCCACUACUGCCUAAUGGCUCUGGCCACUCCUCGGAGCUGGGCGGCGCUAGGCGGGCGGGGAACGGUGCCCUGGGUGGCUCCAAGACCCAUCGGAAGUUGCAGACGCACCCAUCCCUGGCCAGCCAGGGCAGCAAGAAGAGCAAGGGCAGCAGCAGACCGGCUGCCUCCCAGAUCCCCCUCCAGGCACAGGAAGACUGCUGUGUGCACUGCAUCCUGUCGUGCCUGUUCUGCGAGUUCCUGACGCUGUGCAACAUCGUCCUGGACUGCGCCACGUGCGGCUCCUGCAGCUCCGAGGACUCGUGCCUCUGCUGCUGCUGCUGCGGCUCCGGGGAGUGCGCCGACUGCGACCUGCCCUGCGACCUGGACUGCGGCAUCCUGGACGCCUGCUGCGAGUCCGCUGACUGCCUGGAGAUCUGCAUGGAGUGCUGCGGGCUCUGCUUCUCCUCCUGACCCGCGCAAGCGCCAGCAGCCACCUCCCCACGCCCGCUCCCCCUCCCACCCACCCAGGGCCCCCGCACAGGACCCCAGCCGCAGUGAGAACGGUGGGGGUGGGGGUGGGGGAGUGCUCGGAGAGGCCCGGCCCCCACAGCAGAGAAGCCCAGCAGCCUGGCCAGGUCAUCAGGGCCAGAAGGACCUGGUGGGGUGGGUGGGAGCGGGUGUGACGAUCCGGGACCAGCCGCCAGGGCUGCAGAACACUGUGAAAGUUAGGGGGCGCCGAGAAGCGGAGAGGUGUGCACCGUCUCUACCUCUCACUGCUCCCCGGCUCCCGGCUGCUGCCCCAGGCUUGGAGGAGAGCAAAAUGUGAAGAGACACCUGCCCACCCAGCCCUCAGAAAGGGCCCUCCCCGCCUCCUCUCCUGGUCUCCUGCUGGGGCCUAACCCAUGCAGUGAGCA